CGCUCGGCCCUCGAGGAUGUCGUGACUCGGGAGUACACCAUCCACCUUCACAAGCGUGUCCACGGCCGUUCAUUCAAGAAGCGCGCCCCUUGGGCAGUCAAGUCGGUGGUCGCUUUCGCGCAAAAAGCCAUGGGAACAAACGACGUGCGGAUCGACCCCAAACUUAACCAGGCUCUGUGGGCGCAGGGCAUAAAGACGGUACCUCACCGGCUGAGGGUGAAGCUGGAGAGGAAGCGAAAUGACGAUGAGGGUGCCAAGGAGAAGCUUUACACCUACGCUUCGCAUAUCGCCGUCACGUCGUUCAAGGGCCUUGAAACCGUCGUUGUCGAUGCUGAGUAA